CCGUGAGCCUCGGCUCAGAGAUGAUUGUCAGCGGGCAGGGCAGUGGAGGCUGCUGUUUCCUCUGGGGCCCCGCCGGUUACUGGGGGAGGUGGAGAUUUACAAUCACACCCAGUCAAAGUGCUCCGCUGCUCACGAAAAAAAAAAAAGAGAAAGAUCCCUCCCCAGGAAACCCUGAGACACAGCGCGCUGCACCUCGCAACAGACAACACAAACCAGGAGGGACGCCACACACUUUGAUACGCCGUUAAUUACUCAUGUGAUGCGAUUCAGACGUCCCGGGGCUACCUUCGAAAAACUUCUUCAGCCGGUUCCAGGGGAGGCAAACACUUUAGGAACGUCCGCAGCCUGGUGGAACUCUAUCUCUCCUUCCCUUAUAUUAAAGCGAGGAGUGUGUAUCAGAAUGGGUUCUACGUUCUGGCACGUGUUGCUGUUCAUGCUGUACAUGGCCGGCCCUGGAAUGUGUCAGAUAAACCGAACGACUGAAUACCUAGGCACAGACGUCCCCAUCUCCACACAGCCCACAGGCCCCCGCAACACCAGCUCCACGGUCUCGGCCCCCCUCAACAGUUCUCUGGCUCUCGACUCCCCCUCUGCCAAUUCCUCAGUCCCCCUCUCCAACAGCUCUCGGGCUGAUGACCCCCAGUCCAGUGCCAACAGCACAGUGAGACGGAGAGUACCACCAGCGUGCGUCAAACGCGCUUCCAUCAAAGUGUAUUUCAAGUACAUCAACACAGUGAUCUCCUGCAUUGUCUUCGUUGUUGGCAUAGUGGGCAACGCCACACUGCUAAGGAUUAUCUACCAGCACAAGUGUAUGAGGAAUGGGCCAAAUGCACUGAUCGCCAGUCUGGCCCUGGGAGAUCUGAUCUACAUCACCAUUGACAUUCCCAUGAAUGUAUAUAAGCUCCUGGCCAUGCGGUUCCCCUUUGAUGGCUAUCCUUUUGGUCUCUUCCUCUGUAAACUGGUCCCGUUCCUGCAGAAGACGUCAGUGGGUAUCACUGUGCUCAGUCUUAUGGCCCUUAGCGUGGACAGGUAUAGAGCGGUGGCUUCCUGGAGCAGGGUGCAGGGGGUAGGCAUUCCAAUGCUCACGGCCAUCAAGAUCAUCUCCAUCUGGGUUCUGUCCAUCAUGCUGGCCGUGCCCGAGGCCAUCGGCUUCGACAUCGUCACCUUCAACAUCAGCAACCAGACGAUACGCACGUGCAUGCUCAAACCAAAGACCGACAUAAUGAGGUUCUAUGUGGACGUGAAGGACUGGUGGCUGUUUGGGUUUUAUUUCUGCUUACCCCUGCUCUGCACUGCCAUCUUCUACACCCUCAUGACCUUGGAGAUGCUCAACCACCGCAACGGCAGUCUGAGAAUUGCCCUCAGCGAACACCUCAGACAGAGGCGAGAGGUGGCCAAAGCUGUCUUCUGUUUGGUGCUGAUAUUUGCUCUGUGCUGGUUUCCGCUGCACCUUGGCCGGAUCCUGAAAAAACUCCUGUACGAUGAGAACGACCAAGACCGGUGUGAACUUCUCAAUUUCCUGUUGGUCCUUGACUACCUGGGCAUUAAUAUAGCCACUGUGAACUCCUGCAUCAAUCCCAUCAUCCUCUAUUUUGUUAGCAAGAAAUUCAAGAACUGUUUCAAGACAUGCCUGUGUUGCUGCUGUCAUUCGGGGACGUUACUUAACACGAUGACACAACAGAACGGGACCAGCAUACAGCACUGGAAGAACCAGGAGCCCAACAACCACCACACAGAGCGCAGCCAGCACAAAGACAGUGACUGAGUCGUCCGGACCCAUGGCUGGUUCUGCCCCCAUUGGUACCCUGUGCAUUUACAGCAAGGUCCCCACAGGCUGCACUCCGGCUUAUGGAAGGGACACUGACCUUUUCAAAACCAGACUCCCCUAACAGACUGAGAGCCUUAAUGCCGUCGCGCAGAGCGGCCUAGCAAGUUCUGAACCUGAUGCAACAAGCACUAUGUAGAUUGUACUUGAGCCCAGCGAACGAUUCCAAAGAACUCACAGCGUUUACCAGAUCUAAUAGGCAGCCCCGUCAGAGUGUCCCCCCGAGAAGAAGGAAAGCAUUGUUUGUGGUGGAAGAGGGAGGGAGACUGGGACAGGAUGCAGCUGAACGUAAACCGCAAACGAACCUAAUCAGCGGCGCUCCGCGUGGCAUCCGCACGGAGGGCGAGGCCACUGGGAGCAGCAGGAAGGAAACGCGAAGCGCCCUGCGUGUGACCUGAUAGAAGGGAAACCCGACACCAACCGUCAGAUCGGGCCCUACUGGUCUGAGCUCACCCUCCAAUGCAGGCCUAUGGGGAGUAAGCCACACAGGGCCCUCCCCUCUCACAUCCUGGCUUACAUCAGCAUGUGUAGGAUAUUCAUACACGUUCAUGAGCUCAGCCUGUGAAAUGCAUACAUAGCUGAGCAAACAGGGCUAUUUAGGCAACACUCCCCAUACAGGUGACGGAAGAGUCUCUGGAGCUCAAACCAGAGGCAUUUUAUCACAUUAGUGUGACACAUUGGCUUUAAAAAGGAUUCAAACAUGUUGUUAUCUGUAAUCCAAUAUAAUAUUUUGUAUGUGCUCAAAAAGUUAAAACAAUAUAUAACUGUCUCAGCAUGUCUGGGGAAAAAGCAUAGAAUGUCACAUUUUAAAUUUGAACGAAAAGGUGGUAUGGUCCACCUUGAUGACCUAAAAAAAAUUAACUACCACGCUAGGCCAUAAGACUAGGCUGUUCAGCUAACUCUUUUACUCAGAACGUCUACUGCAGUUUUAAGAAAGCAUUCAAAUGCCCUGAAUAUUCUGCCAUAGUUAAGGAGUAAGUAUUCCAUGUCUGUUCAUCAAAGCCGGGGGGGAAAGCAGGAAAAUUUUGAAUAAUUUGUCUCUGAUGUGUGAGUGAAAAGCUGGAUACAGUAAUAUAACCAGCCAAAGCUUUGUUCCUUUACCACUGUGAAACCAUGUACUUAAAAUGUACAGUUUUCUCUGUUCAUUAUUACCGCAUUAAUUAUAUUUGUA